AUGGGCAUGUCUGGAAAUCAGGACGUCUUCACCACCCAGAGAAUCGCAACAACACCUUUUCCUUACGAAUCGUCCCUGGAUGGUCACGGUGUUUGCUUUGGGAUCGGUCAAGAUCACAACUUUGACGGCACCUCCAUCAAGGUGCCUACUCAGCGAGAUUGGCGUGCUUCGUUCAGUGAACACAGCGGGACUUUUGAUAGCCAUAAAGCUAUCGCGUUCGACACUCAGACAAUGGCAGUCCAGUACUUCCAAGACGACUCGUCUAUGACAGCACAUCUUGUACCAGGGUCGCCGUACAUGACCUUCGAAUUGAACGGAGGCAUCAAGUCGUUUAACGGGAAGGCUCUGAGCGUGAGUGACCAAGGCACCAAGUUUACCAUCGUCGGCACAAAGGGCACCACAUAUCUGAUCUAUUCGGACUCAACCAUCAAGCUUACCGCCAAGACUGACAAUGAGAACAAAGGGACCCUUGUUGCGAGCGACAAGUUCAGCGGCAUCAUCCGACUGGUGAUGCUUAGGGAUCCUAGCCAUCAGACACUCUUGAAUUCCUAUUCAACGGCGUACCCUGUGUCAGUGGCUCAAGAUUAUUCCAUCAGUGUUGAUUCAGGCACGGUGACUUUCAAGUGGGAGACAAAGGGCACUGGUGACUUGCUAAUGCUCACCUGGCCGCAUCAUCGCGAAGCGCUACAGAGCCCUAACUCUCCUCAGCCAACAGCUCUGAGCUAUUUGACCUUGAAGGGGUGGAUAUACCCAACGCUCGGAAAUACUUGGAGAUUGACGUACAAGUUGAGUGCGAUAACUUGGAACGCGCCGCGUGACGUGGAUCCCUCCUGUAAGGAAUCAGUUGUGAACGGUCUCAAAUACGAGGUCGGCCAACUCGACGCGUCCAAGGCUCCUGCGCCAAACGAUUUCUACUUUUGGGGCGGCACGCUCGCUGCUAAGUCCCGUCUAGCACUGAUCGCUGAUCACGUUCGAAGCAAGGAUCUCAUCGACCCCGUUAUCAAAUAUCUGAAGGCGUCUUACGACGGCUGGUUCAGCGCAGCCAGCAAGACUCUCCCUGCUUAUGAGACAACUUGGGGCGGCGUUAUUAGUAAAGAGGGUGCCACAAAUUCCAGGGUCGACUUUGGCAACGGCUACUUCAACGAUCAUCACUUCCACUACGGUUGCUUUCUUCAUAUCGCCGCAGUGAUCGCCAAGUACGAUGCAAACUGGCUGAACCAGCACAAAGGAUACGUCACCCUUUUUGCCCAAGACAUCAUCAACCCUUCAGCGGAAGAUCUCUACUUUCCAAUCACACGUUGUCGAGAUUGGUUCGCCGGCCAUUCAUGGGCAUCUGGCAUUGCUAACGGGGUGGGUAGCCGCGAUCAAGAAUCUGUCGGCGAGGCUGUCAAUGGUUACUGCGGCGCGAUGCACUGGGCCGCGAUAGCGCUUGACGGGGCCUGGCUGUUCUGGGGUGCUGAGAAGGUGCAGAUUGCUGCGAUCCAGAUUCUUCCAGUCACACCUGUCAACGAGGUUAUGUACGACGCCGAGUGGGUCAGUAAUGUUUUCUCUUACACGAUGCCGGAGCUAGCGAAUGCAUCAUACGCCGACUCAUGGAAAUCUGUCAUCUACGUAGCCUAUGCCAACGCCAAACCGCAAGAAGCUGCUGCAUGGAGCACCAACCUGAGCGACUGGGCACGCGUCUCGACCAAUAACGCCGAUACCUUCUCUAGUGCCUAUGUCCCUAACGCUGGUAUCCUGCAACUCACCAGGAACAAGCAAUUUGUGACGGCGGAUCAGUCUGGCGCCUCGGCGCUCUCGGCAGCUCGCGCAACGGCGAGUACCUGGGAGCGAUUUGCCAUCCGUCCGAAAGUGGGUGAGAGCCAGGGUGUGCUUUCCAUCAAAGUAGCUAGUAACGGGAAGUAUGUGAGAGUUAGCGGUGAUGGAUCACUGGUUAAUGAUGGUGCGGUUGAGGAAAACGCCACUGGGUUUCGCUUUGUCAACGCCUGA